AUGAAGCAAAGAGUUACCUCGUUGGAUUUGCAGAUUUUGGUCUCAGAAUUGCAAAAUGAGAUUACAAACUAUAGAUUGCAAAACAUUUACAACAUUGCAACUUCAAAUAGGCAAUAUCUCUUGAAAUUUGGAUUACCAGACUCCAAGAAGAACUUGGUGUUGGAUUGUGGAUUCAAGCUUCAUUUAACUGAGUUUUCAAGACCAACACCUCAGGCACCAUCUAACUUUGUUGUCAAAUUGAGAAAGCAUUUGAAAAGUAGAAGAUUAUCAAGCAUCAAGCAAGUUGGAAUUGACAGGGUCCUUGUUCUAAGUUUCAGUGAUGGUAUGUACCAUCUUGUAUUGGAGUUUUUCAGUGCAGGUAAUGUCGUGUUAUUAGAUCAUGAACGUCGUAUUAUGGCCUUGCAAAGAUUGGUUGAAGAAAAGGGUAAUAAUGAUAGAUAUGCUGUUGGUGAGACUUACAAUCUAUUUGAUGAAAGUUUGUUUGAAGAAGAUGAACAAGUUGAACCAAAGUUUGUCCCAAUUCAACAUGAUGCUUCAACUAUCCAACAAUGGAUCAAUGACAAAAAAGUCACACCUUCUGAUGAUAAAGGAAAGAAAAAUAAAGUUUUAUCAAUUCAAAAAGUUUUAUAUCAAAAAGUUCCAUACCUUUCAGCUGAUUUAAUAUCUAAAAACUUGCACAAGCAUUCAAUCAACCCAUCGUCAUCAAGUUUGGAAUACCUAGAGAGAGCUGAUGAGCUUGACACUGUUCUUAAAGAAACAGAAUCUGAAGUACAAACCAUUUUACACACUAAACCAUUGACCGGAUAUCUUGUUUUGAAGCACAAUCCAUUAUAUGAUGCUUCAAAAGAUGAAGAAGAUACAAAGUUUUUAUAUGAACAAUUUCACCCAUUUGAACCUGCUCAGUUAAAAGAUGAUGAAGAGCUGGUGCAAAUUCAAGGCUAUAACAAGACUCUUGAUAAAUUCUUCUCGACUAUUGAAUCGUCAAAAUAUGCCUUGAGAAUUCAAAACCAAGAAAAUCAAGCAAAGAAAAGAUUAGAUCAAGCAAGAAAUGAUAAACAACAACAAGUUCAACGUUUGGUUGAUGUUCAAGCUGUUAAUAGUCUUAAAGGUGAAACUAUCAUUUUCAAUGCUGAUAUUGUUGAAGAAGCUAAAGCUGCUGUCCAAGCUCUUUUGGAUCAAAGUAUGGAUUGGAAAACUAUUGAAAAAUUGAUCAAGAUUGAAAAAGGUAAAAAUAAUAAAGUCGCCAGUGCUAUUAAUUUACCCUUAAACUUGAAAGAGAAUAAGAUUAGUUUGAAUUUGUUAACUGAAGCUGCUUAUGAAGAUGAUGAGGAAGAAGAAAGUGAAAGUUCAAGUGAUUCUGACUCUGAUUCUGAUGAAGAUGAAAAGCCAAAAGCAAAGAAGGAUAAUAAAGUGAAGAAUAGCAUCAAUGUCACAAUUAGUUUGGGUUUAUCAGCCUUUGCAAAUGCUUCUGAAUAUUUCACUGUGAAAAAAUCAACUGUUGAAAAACAGAAAAAAGUUGAACAAUCUGCUUCAAAAGCUUUAAAAAAUAUUGAACAAAGAAUUGAAAAAGAUUUGAAAAAGAAUUUGAAACAGGAAAAUGACAUCUUGAGGAAAUUGCGUAAUCCAUAUUUCUUUGAAAAAUUCAACUGGUUCAUCUCAAAUGAAAAUUAUUUGAUCAUUUCAGGUAAAGAUGAUUCACAAACAGAUCUAAUCUAUCAUAGAUAUGUUAAUGACGACGAUAUCUAUGUCAAUGCUGAUAUUGAUGGUUCAAGUCAUGUUUUCAUUAAGAAUCCUAAUAAAGGUGAAGUUUCCCCUUCAACUUUAAUGCAAGCUGGUAUUUUGUCCUUGGCCACUUCAAAAGCAUGGGAUAAUAAGAUGGUUACUUCUCCAUGGUGGUUAUAUGCUUCAGAUGUUACCAAGAAUGAUAUUGAUGGUACUAUCUUAAAGGCUGGUUCAUUCAGAUAUUUGAAGGAGAAGAAUUUUCUGCCACCAAGUCAACUGGUUAUGGGGUUUGCAUUCUUGUGGAAGAUUAAAACUGAAGAAAAUCAAAAAGAAUUGGAACAACAACUCGAAGAGUUGGAUAAUUUGGACAUCAAUGAUAUUCAGCAAGAUGAUAAAGAAUCUAAUGAGGUGGAAAGUAAAGCACCUGAGCCUGUUGAGGAAGUUAAAGAAGAAGAACCUGAAACCACUGAGGAUGCGGAAGAAGCUGAAGAGGGAGAAGAUCAAGAAUCUGAUGACCAAGAGGAAACACCUGAAUUAGAAUCACAGUUUGAUACCAUGUCAUUAGCUUCAAAAGCUUCAAAACAAAAGAAACCAGUCAGAGGUAAAAAGAGUAAGAUGAAAAAGAUUGCUUCAAAAUAUGCUGAUCAAGAUGAAGAAGAAAGAAGACUCAGAAUGGAGGCAUUGGGUACCUUGAAGCAACAAAACCAAAGAGAAGAAGAAUUAAAGAAACAACAAAUACAAAAAAUCAAUCAUUUGAAAAAAGUUGAGAAAAAGAAAAGACAAGAAGAGAUCACAGCAAAUAAAUAUGCAAAUUACAAGGAAAAUAUCAACUAUGAUAAAAUCAUGAAUGAAUUGACACCAACUCUACAUAAAGAAGAUGAAAUUCUGGAAGCCAUUCCUGUUUUCGCCCCAUGGAGUGCUUUACAAAAAUACAGAUAUAGAGUUAAAAUUCAACCUGGUAAUACUAAAAAGGGUAAAGCCGUUCAAGAAGUUUUACAUUAUUUGAAUAUGAGACCUACAGACCCAAGUGAAAGUGAUAGAAAUUAUGAUUGGCCAAGAGAACAUGAAGCAAUUGCUGGUUUGAAAGAUACUGAAUUGUUACCAUCCAUUUAUGUUGGUAAAUUAAAAGUUUUACUACCUGGUAAGAGUUCUGCUGCUAAGAGUACAAACAAAUUUGCAAACAGCAGAAAAUCCAAAAAGAAAUAG